CCCCGCAGCCGCACGAUGGUACAGUCCAGCUGGGUAAGGCGAGCGGGCGGCACAGGCGACCAACUAGGCGGUAUGGGGCUGCGGGCGGGUGGAGCGCUCCGCAGGGUGGGCACCGGUUCGGGGGCACCCGAGGGACGGGAACCCGGCGGCGCGCAGGGAGGCAGCAUCCACUCGGGCUGCAUCACCGCGGUGCACAACGUGCCAAUCAGCGUGCUCAUCCGGCCGCUGCCAUCCGUGCUGGACCCGGCCAAGGUGCAGAGCCUCGUGGACACGAUCCUGGAGGACCCUGACAGCGUGCCCCCCAUCGAUGUCCUCUGGAUCAAGGGGGCCCAGGGAGGUGACUACUACUACUCCUUUGGGGGCUGCCACCGCUAUGCAGCCUACCAACAGCUACAGAGAGAGACCAUUCCCGCCAAGCUGGUGCAGUCCACCCUUUCAGACCUGAGGGUGUACCUGGGCGCAUCCACACCAGACUUGCAGUAGAAAUCUCCUGGUCACCCCACCCCCUGCACACCAGCACCACCUUCCAGAGCCCAGAAGACCUGCGUGGCCCGCAGCAGGCUGAAGCUGUAGCGGGGAUAUGUUCUCUUUAUACCUAAAGGGGGAGGUCUGCUUCUUGGCGCCUCUGCAGUAGCCCCCAGGCGCAGGAAUGAAGGAGGCCAGCUCCCCUGUCUGUGAAGAGAUGUCAUAUCCUGGCCUUGGCCCUGAAGGAGUUGUGGAGGCAGGACUCCCUCUGUCUUUAUCUUUAUGAUAGCUUAUCACUACAUGAUCUAGUACAUCAGUCAGGGAAAACCUUGGUCACUGUGGCUGACGUGAGAGAGGUCUGUUUUCCUGUAACCUGAGUCCUGGGACAGGUGACUCACACAGAAUUGUGUCAGCAGCUCGGUGAAGGUGGGGUCUCCUCUAGGUAGUCCUUUGGCCUGGCCCUCAUUGCUCCUUACUUUGUGGUCACAAGAUGGCUACCAUAUCUCUAGGAAUCACGUCUGUGCUUAAGGAAGAAACCUACUUCUGUCAGUUUCCGUGGCCAGAGCUAGGCACCAGUGCCACCCACAGUUGCAGAGGGAACACUGUCACAGCUAAGCAUGGCUGCCUUGGUCAUCGCUUGGAACUGGCACGGUGCUUCCUGCAAUCAAAUUGGGAUCCCAUUAGCAGGAGAGGAAGAAGUAUCAGUUAGCCCUUGCUAUGUAACAAGCCAUUCCCAGACUUAACAGUAUUACCCAUGAUUCUGGAUGAGCACUGGGGGCUAGACUCCUUUGGGCUGCUCUGUUGGUGUGGCCCGGUCCUGCUCAUGAGCCCACUGUCAGCUGUCACUCAGCUGGGACUGACUGGGCUGGGAUCAUCUUCUUCAUUCUUGUGGCAUGUGUUGGCUGGAUUGGCUUGGCCAUCCUUGUUGCCUCCUCUAGCAGCUCAGCUCAAGAUGCCCAAGAUGGCCUCAGAGUCCCAAGAAUGAGAGUAAUGGGGACAAGACAGGCACUGGAGCGGUGGCUCGCUGCUAAGAGUACCUGCUUGGUGACUCAAGACUCUAGUCCCAGUUCCAGAUGACCUGGCACCCUCUCUGGCCUCCGUGGGCACCAGACACAUGGAACACAGACAUACGUGUGCAAGCAAAGCACACACAUGUGAAGGGUUUUUUUGUUUUGUUUUUGUUAUUGUUUUGUUAUUUUAAGGUGACAGGAUUUCUUUGACCCUUGUGCCAGGAUGAUGUCCCUGCUGCUAAGUUCAUUUCUCAGAUUCAAGGGGUGCAAAUGGACCCUAGCUCUCAACUGGAGGAACUAUAAAGAUCACGGGGCUAUUGCACAGAUGAAUCUUGGGCAAGUGACAGUAUUUCUUGCUCCCACCCAUAAGCCCUCCCCACACAAAGGACGGUGCCAAGUCUUAGCCUUUAAGUUACUGUACUGUUCUUGGGACCUAGAAGAAGUCAUGUCAUGGUGUCUCCAAGAGCUGGGUACGCCACCCUCAAGGAUGACUCACUAGUGGAAUGGGGCAUUCCGGGGGGGGGAGGGGGGCUCCUGCAAAACGAGAGUCCUGGAGGCUGAGGAAAGGUAGAGGAAGCAGCAGAGCAAGGUGGCACUUGCUGCUGCGCUGCCCACAGAGUCUAGUCACUUGUCACUCUCAGUUUUCCCAGCUCAGUAUCCAGGACAACAGCUUUCCCGCCCACUGAGUAUCCCAGCCAAUGAAACUGAAAGGGAUAAAAUGCAACGUGGUGUUUGGAUGGACUCUUGAGACCAAAAAGGAAUGGGGGAGCAUUAGUGGGUCAACCAGGAACUUACUCGGUCUGGGUUUUAGUUAUCCUCCAGUUUGGGCAACAGACUGCUGGGGGUAGGGGUGUCUGUGUGAAAAAUGUAUGGGACCUCUUUAGUCUCUGCAACUUUUCUGUAAAUCUAAAGUCAUUCCAAAAAAGUUUAUUUAAUUAAAAAAAACACACACAAUAAUGUAA